AUUAGAAUACUUUGAGAAUGUCAGCUUUUAUUAAGUUGCUCUUACUAAGCUAAGGAGUUUACCAGAAUGAAGGAUGUGUCAAGCUGAAUAGUUUGCAAAGGAGCUACUUCAGAUAUUUUAGACUAAAAGUCAGUAAACUUUGCUUAUGUAGCUGGCUCCAUUCAUUCUCUGAAGCCAGUCACUUCCUCUGUGGUGGCUGAUAAUUUAACAGCUUGAGAAGGUGGAGUGUCAGCACCUUUAGUACUAAACACAUUCCCAGGCAUAUCAGUAGCCUCUGUCCAUCACUCAUGCUGGAAGCUAUUUGGGAAAAGAGAAAUAGAGAAAGGGAAAUCAUGCAUCAUCAUCCCUACUGGAAAGUACAGAAGACUUUAUGCUGUUUUCAUCAUGUGGAUUCACUAGAGAAAUGACCACCUUUGAUCAACCAAGUAAAAUAAAAAACUUGUUUAUUUGCUGCCUGUGCCCACCACGGGUGCUAAGGUUCCGGACUUGCAGGCGCCCAAGGACAAGGAGGAAUCUGCUAGUGGGCACCGCAUGUGUGAUCUACCUAGGGUUCCUUGUCAGUCAAGUGGGUUAUGUUUUACCCCAGCACAAAGGAGGACACCAAAAGAUCGGUUCCAGAAGUCUCCAAGAUGCAGCCCAAACUCCUUUUUUGGGCAUCCCACUGGAUGGCACCCUGUCACCACCCAAAUUCCAGGAACCCCAGCUUGGUAGCAAUGGGACCUUGCCGCCACCCAAUGUAGUUUAUAUCACCCUGCGGUCCAAGCGCAGCAAGCCUGCCAAUAUCAGAGGCACCGUGAAGCCAAAGCGCAGGAAGAAACAUGCAACUCCUUUGUUCUAUGGGCAGCACUUUCCAAAAGCUGCUUUUAUGGAUCGGGCAGAAACCUUUGCCCAGCAGCUGGGGCCAGCUACACGUGUCACAGGUGCAAUGAGAGCAGCAAUAGCUCUGGAGACAAGAAAGCACCAACUGGAUGAAGACAGGCAUAAAGGAAUGACAAUCAGAGAAAUGGCUCACCAGAGAACUGAAGGGAUUUCUGGACCUAUAAAGGCACAGCCCCAGUCUGAGGAAAGCAACAUCAGGAUCUACAGUGAGAGCUCUCCCUCUUGGCUGAGCAAAGAUGACAUCCUAAACAUGCGCAUGCUGGCAGAUUCUCAGAUAGCGAGCAUCCAAGAGGUACCUUCUCACAAAGCAUUCCUGGUGGUAUUUGCAGGGGGUCCCAGCACCACAGGAACUGCUUGUAACCAGCGGCACUGUGGCAUCAUCAAAAGACCUUUCGACAUGAGCGAGGUGUUUGCCUUUCAUUUGGAUAGGAUCUUGGGGCUGAACAGGAGCUUACCUUCUGUAAGCAGGAGAUUGGACUUCUUCCAAGAUGGUCAAGCCUGUCCUGUUAUACUCUGGGAUUCCUCACUGAGUCCAACAGAUAAUAAUACCCAUUCUUCAGUGAGAUUAACCUGGGGGAAGUAUCAGCAGCUAUUGAAGCAGAAGUGCUGGCAGAAUGGUAAAGUUCCCAAAGCUGAGUGGGGCUGUACCGAAAUCCAUCAUCAUGAGUGGUCCAAGAUGGCACUUUUUGAUUUUCUUCUGCAGAUCUAUAAUCGAUUAGACAGAAACUGCUGUGGAUUCAAACCUCUCAAAGAGGAUUCCUGUGUGCAGCAAGGACUGAAGCUGAAAUGCGGUGAUCAGGAUUCUGUUGACCUGACACACAUAGUUCAGAGAAGGCAUGACCGAAGGCAUUUGGCUUUUAUAGACAAUAAGGGCUUCUUUGACAGAAAUGAGGACAAUCUUGACUUCAAAAUACUACAAGGAAUCAAUGAAUUCCCUGAAUCUGCAGUUUCAGUGCUGAGGAGCCAGCGUUUACGUGAGAAGUUGCUACAGUCUUUGUUCCUUGACAAAAUAUACUGGGAGAGCCAAGGAGGCAGAAAAGGAAUUGAAAAGCUUAUUGAUGUAAUAGAAAGGAGGUCCAAAAUUCUUCUUACUUAUAUAAAUGCACAUGGAGCCAAAGUAUUGCCCAUGAAUGAAUGAAGGAGUCUUGCUUCGAAUUGACAGUCUUUAAAAAAUUUUGUAUGAGGCAAAAACUGACAGUAAAAUUAAUUUAAUUCAUAGGCUUAUUUAAUUUUUUUCCAGUUUCAGGUUUAUUUUUAAAUAAGAACUCUUACAGGUUUAAAAGCAUUUAAAUGUCAGUUGCAGCUCAACACAGUGCAGUCAUUUCUAUGUCACCAGUGAAAUUAAAUGAAAAAUAAACAAAUGGUACAAUAAAUAAUGCAGUAAUUUGUAGGUACCAUGAAUAUUCCCUCUGUUAAACUGUCUGAAGAUUAGCAACAGGAUUUUCAGUACAUUAGGCUGGAUUACUCUUACUUCUCUCAUUCAAGUCAAUAAAACUUUUAUUACAAGUUUAAAUGGGAACAGAGAUUUGUAAGCACUUAAUACACUGAUGAAAACUACCAUCGCAUCUACCUGCUGAAAAAUAUCUAGUACAGGAAUUUGUCUUUUUGAUCAUGAAUACUAAAAUAGCAACAUUUCCAAAAGUUUAUUUUGGUUUAUUUUAUUUUGAUCUUUGGAAAUCCGAGAACUAAAUUCAGCUCUUUUACAUACUGAGGUAUUCACACAGGACACGAGGGAAAUUUAAAAACAGAGUGAGGAGAACAUGGCUUUAACAAUAAGAAUUCCUUUGACAAAUACAGUUUUUACCUGUCCAGUAUGGAGUACAAUUUGUCAUGAGACACUUGUUACAAUGUGUUACAACAUUUUCAAUGCUUGUUUUGAUGUGUGGGUGGAUGAUUGGAUAUUUUCUAUCUAUUGAUUAACUGUGCAUUACUCAUGGAAUUGUCCUUUUUUACCACUCACUUUUAAAAAGAAAUUCAGUUUUAGCUUGUGUGAAUAUGCUGCUAAAUAAGUGCACACAUUUUGUUUUUGCAGCAUUCUUGACAGUAUUUGUUUAGAAUAUUUUUGAAAAGCAGACCUACUAAGGAAGUGAAUGUUCACGAAGUCAGUACAGAAAACAUUUGUGCUGUGUGCUCAGCACCACCCAGCAGUUCAGGCUCUGGUUUUCCAUUAAGAUUGACCACUGCAGGGUAUGGAUUUGAGCUGACAAGUAUUCUUACAGGUAAGGUUGUUAGAGAAGGCUGGAUAAGCACUUCAUCUGUUCCAGUAAUAAAUUAACAACUGAUAUAUCUGUCAUAACAUACAUCUUCUACCUACCUGUUUAGAAAAGGCUCUUUUCAUCUUUCUGCAGAAAUAUCUAUAAUCUUCUUGCCAUGAGAUACUUUCAUAGCUACUCUUGUCUUUAUGUAUAGUAAAAAAUAUAGGGUGUAUAAGAUUUUAAAAUAUUUUUAAAAAUGCUUGUGUAAUGGUUUUGUUCCUUAUUAUGAGAAACUAAAAUGUUUCAUUUCAAUGUUAAUGUAGAUGGGUGAAUUUAAUGUUUUAAAUAACUGAAAUUUCAUUGCAGCUAAACCAGAUUUUCUUUCUUGGUAUCAGAAGAGCUUUUAAAAGUAAUUGCUUUACUAAAAGAAAUAAAUAUCAGUAUAGGCAGAAUUAAAGAUGUUUAGUAAAAUUUUAAGAGCUUGGCCAUCUAAAUAAUCUUUUAUUUUAUUCUGUCAGCAAAGGGCAGACACAUUUGUAAAAACUUCCUAUAACUUAACUUUUACUUUAAGAGUACAUGUUUUAAAGUGCCUUGGGCUUUUUAAUUGCACCAAAGAAGAAUUCUGUAGGAUUUUAAUAUUAUCCCAUUCUUAAAAUGUUUUAACUUAUUAGCCAGGUAAUUUCUGUCACAGAAACAAAAAUAUUACUGUAGCUUGCACUGUGCACAAAGCCUAGAGAAAGAAAUAAUUCUCUGGCUCCGUUUCAUGUGGAAUUCCUGUUGCCUCUCAGUAGUCCUGAAUUUAAGAGAUCCAAGUAGCCAUGGUGCCACGCAGUACUUUAAAAUGUGACCAAGUAUGAAAAGCAUUGUUGUAAAGAGCAGGACUUCUGGAAGGAAAUCCUGCAAAUGAAUGUUCUUAGGAAAUGAACGGUGUUUUUUGCUAGUUGUUUUUGGUGGCAGAGGCAUAUAGAUCAAAUUGCAAUUGGAGCUAAUCUGCAGGAUGAAGCAGUAUUUACAGUGAUGUAAAUUGUACACUGAAAGUACAAGGGGACAGGUGUAUCUCCCUGUGCUGUCCAGCAUGGACCAGACAGGCACAUAAAGACACUGUCUUCUCAGAACUGCUGCAGGGACAGGUGAGUCCAGAGCAAAUGGUGAAGGCAGACUGAGCUGUGCCAUUCCUGCACACAUUACACUUCACAAGGGUAAAAGAAUUUUUCCUUCCCUGAAACUCUACAUUUGAGUCUAGGGCAGGGCAUUCUGCAUCCUACUCUCACCUGACAAUGGGGCCUCAGCAUUAUGCUAUGGAGAGCUGGAGGCCUUGCUUUCUGUGCUAUGUUAACAUGACAUUUCUCAUGCAUACAAACACUCUUAAAAGUCUUGAAAGAAGUCAGGAGAGGCUUUGUGAGACUGCAGAGUGGGACUGGACUGUUAAUUGCUUCUGAUUCUCUAAUGUUGAUAACAAACUCCAGAAAAUGCAUUUCUCCAUAGUGUUUAUCCUGUUGCUGUAGAGCUUGGUUCUUGAAUCAGUAUUGUUAAUAAUACAAAGUAUGAUUGUGAUAGUGCUUAUAAGUACAUACUAGCCAAGUUCUAGGUUUGUUGUGUUUUUUUUUACUUUACAAAAGUGAAGAAUUCUAUACUUUUUGAGUGCAUUUGUAUAACUGCUCCAGUAAAAAAUACAGAAGAAGCACUUUGCAGAGCUUGUUAGUUUGCUGCUACUACAUUCAAGGUAUCUACUCCCCCUUCAGUGACAGGAGGAAAGCUUCUUGGGAAAUCAGUCCACUUCCUUUUAAAACAGCAUGACGCUGGACUGACAUUCCUGCACUGUAACAUAAGUAAUACUAGCCAAUAGGAAAAAUUCCAAAGAAGCUUUACUUUACCUAUGGUGGUGAUCGACAGAAAGCCAAGAAACUGCAUUUUAGUAAUCUUUGCCGGACUGUUUUCCAUUUAUGGGCAUAUGGGAUCCGACAGACAUUCAUAUUGCACAUUACUCGGAAGGGUGUAACCAAGGGCAACAAUCCAAAAGCUGGGGGUGGGAAAAGACGAUUAUGUCAUUCUUGAGUCUGCCUGAAAGACAGAACCACAUGAAAUGGAAUUACUAAGAAAGUCAAGAGAGAUUGCUGAUUUCGUAACAUUGGAAGACUGAGCUUAAAAUAAGUAGUACAGGCACAGAUGCCUUAAAAUUCCUCUGGAGUCUGCCAGAAGCUAAUAAACUUGAGUGUUUCAGAAGCUGAGGACAUGAAAACUUUUGUGAAGCACCGUGAGAGCAGUUUCCUUCUUUUUUGGGUGUGUGUAUUUUAUAAUACACUAUAUAGAAAAGCGAUAAAUUCCAUUAUUUCGAAAAAGCAAAUACAGAUUUAGGGCACAUGAAGGGACAAGCUUCCAGUGGUAAUUCUGGGAACACUUCUUUGCAUGUGUGUCUGCAAACAUGAACAUACAUGUGUAUGUAUAUAUAACUUGGCUUGUUUCUAUAAAAUGGUCAGUUUGGCUAGUAAGGAGUUGUUUAUACAAUUUGCUGUUUACAUGUAGAAUUGUAUUUGUGAGCAGUAAGUCCAGUUUUGAAUAUACACAAGUUGAAGUUUAAGCAAAACAUUAUUAUGGAUGAAACUUUUGUUCUCAAAGGAUUAACUCUCCUCUUGCUAACACAUCUCUAUAACCUUAAAAGAUUUUUGCUGUCAACUUAUUUGUCCUUUUAUUAAUAAAAGUUCAAGUGUUAUCACAAGUAAUGAAUUGUUUGAAUCUCUGCUGCUGUUGUCAUAUAAUGUCCAGGGAUAUACUAAAUAAAAUAAUAUCUUAAUCAGAUUUUCAGUUCAGAUCUCUAAGUUGCAGUAAUGAAACUGUAAUAUGUAUUAAUGUAAUAUGUGGAUCAUUAGUUACUGUUUAGAAAGAACUAUGGCCUUGAAACUGCUUCUUUGGAGAAACAAUCCAAUCCAGGUCAUGAAGCCCCUCCUGUGGAAAUAUUUUCUAGCUGUUGACUCAUGAAACUUGUAACUCCUACUAAGAUGAUUCUCUGUAGCUGUGGAGCUUCUGAUUACUGCAGCGUUAGUAUUUCCUGCCUUCUUUAGACAUUCUGACAAUGCCUAGUACACAAACCUUGAGCAGAA